GUGAACGGCCUAUUGAUGAGCGCGGGGGCGUGGCGUCGCUUGUCUCCACACGUGCAAACAUUUAAAAGUGUCGACAAACAGUUGCGGCCAUUUGUUGGAUGUUCACUGAGGCAGCAAAGCACGGCUAAAAUGCUCCCGGACGCAUACGGGUGCGUUGUGGCGAACAGGUAUGGUGAUCUGCUAGAUGACGAUGCUGACCCGUUCGACUUAAUAAGCCAAGCUGAAAAGAAGAAGGAGAAAAAGAAAAAGGAAGACGAGGAGAAGAAAUCCAAGCAGAAAAAGGCUGGUCAGAAGGAGUCCCAGAAGAACAGACGCGUCCCCUUUGCGUCGGAUGGCCAGGACCCCGCUCCAGUCCGUAAGCAGCAGCCAGCACGUCCUGGACCAGUGACUGAGAGUGGAGAUGGCAGAGAGGAGGCCCAGAGGGGCAUGAAGAGGGUUGCUUAUGGGGAGCGUAGGUUCAACCAGGACGAGAGCCCACAGGAGUUUUCCAUCUCUAAGCCUUCCUAUUAUGCCGACUCUGACCUCCGGGGCAGAGGGGGGAACAGAGGAGCUAGGAGAGGAGCGAGAGGUGGAGGAGGAUACACAAGGAGCUCUGACAACUACAACCUGAGGGGAAAGAGAGAGUAUGAUCGACACAACGGAACAGGCAUCUCUCCUGAGGAAAAGAGAGGAGGCAGAGGACCCUGGAACUGGGGCAGUGUUGAAGAAGCUGCAAGUGAAGGCAUGGAGGUGACCUCUGACGCUCCAGUCAAAUCUGAGGAGCCCCAAAUACCUGCUGACGAAGAGAAUCAGAACCGAGCAAUGGAAGAAGAGGAUGGAGAGAUGGUGGUCCAGGUUGCAGUGGAGAUGACCCUGGACGAGUGGAAGGCCCUGCAGGAGACGAGUCGUCCCAAGGCAGAGUUUAAUAUCCGCAAAGCCGAGGACAAGAUUCCCUCCAAAGCCAAGGUCAUCCACCAGUCAAAGCGCGUGGAGAGCUCGAAGGAAGGGAUCCUGGAGGACAUGGACUGUGAAGGCAACUUCCUUCGUAGGUCUGUGAAUGACAUCACCUCCCUUCUGGACAUCAAUUUCGGGAGUCUCGGGCGCCCCAGUCGUGGGGGUCGGGGAAGGGGUGCACGAGGUGGCCCGACUAGUCGUCCAGAGAGAGCCAAACCUAUACUGGAGAGGGAGGAUGAUCUGGCUCCCAACCCGGAUGACCCAGAAGACUUCCCAGCACUAUCGGCAGGAAAAUAACUGAUAACACUUCUCAUUUACCUCCUGUGGGGAAUACUGGUUGCACUUGACACUUGCUUUAAAAAAAAAAGAAAAAGAAAAAAAAACACUUAAUGUUUCUGCUGUUCUUAAGGUUUGGGGUUUUAUUGUACUUGAUUUUGUUCAAUUGCACAGAAGGCACUGUUCAGAAGUUGACCUGUGGAGAAUAAAUGCUUUUGCAAGUUUA